AUGAACUGGGCGUCUCUCCAGAAACUCCUGAGUGGGGUCAACAAGUACUCCACCGCAGUGAGCCGCAUCUGGCUGUCGGUAGUGUUCAUCUUCCGUGUGCUGGUGUAUGUGGUAGCAGCUGAAGACGUGUGGGAUGAUGAGCAGAAGGAUUUUGUCUGCAACACCAAGCAGCCCGGCUGCCCUAAUGUCUGCUACGAUCAUUUCUUCCCCGUGUCCCAUGUGCGUCUCUGGGCCCUGCAGCUCAUCCUGGUCACCUGUCCCUCGCUGCUGGUGGUCAUGCAUGUGGCCUACCGCGAGGAGCGUGAGCGCAAACACCGCCUGAAACACGGGCCCAAUGCCCCAUCUUUGUAUGAGAACCCCAGUAAGAAGCGGGGCGGGCUCUGGUGGACAUACCUGCUGAGUCUCAUCUUCAAGGCAGCCGUGGAUUCGGGUUUCCUCUACAUCUUCCAUCGCCUCUACAAGGAUUAUGACAUGCCCCGCGUGGUGGCCUGUACCCAGGACCCCUGCCCUCACACCGUAGACUGCUUCAUUUCGAGACCCACAGAGAAGAAGGUCUUCACCUACUUUAUGGUGGCCACAGCGGUCAUCUGCAUCCUGCUCAACCUCAGUGAGGUCAUCUUCCUGAUCACCAAGAGGUGCCUGGAGACCUUUGGUCCCCGGCGCCGGCACACCCGGCACAGGAACCGCCUCCCUGAUACAUGCCCCCCAUAUGCCCUCUCCAAUGGGGAGCAUGCCCAAGACGGGAACUCUGUACUGAUGAAGACGGGGUCUAUCACAUUGGACGUGGGUGGAGGUGUUCAGCCCAUGCCUGCCCUCUUACACUGCAAACUCUUUGAGGGUAAGAGCAGUUCCCGUUCUGCCAAUGCCUUUCCAGGCCCUUCACAGUGGCUGGCAUACAGUGAAAGGCUCUUCAUGAUGGUGGCCUUCCAAACCCUCUCCAUCAUGCUAGAUUCUUCCAACCCAUGUCACUCUCUUUUCAUCUCACUUCUCAAAGAAGCCAGCAGCACCCUAAAAAGGAUGCUCUAA